CGUCUUCACCUGCUUCGACCUGGCUCAUUGCUCUAAGUCUGCUCCUCGUUCUUCAACUUCUCGUCUGUACAUAAUAUCCCCGUGCACAUGGAGGAAGGCGAAAUCAAUGACCCUGAUUCUUUCGGGGCGGCAUAUUCGCCCGAGCUUGAAUGGCCAGGCGAUACAACUCCCGAGUCGUCAAUAUCAGUUGAUACCAUCCAAGGCCAGCCUGCUAUCACUGCUUCCGGGAACCCGUAUCUCCGCCCUGCUCCGUCGAGUUCGCCUCCGCCUCGGGCCCACCUUGACACGUCGUGCCUGCGUCUACUCGUGCAACGCAGCACGAUCCUCCCGAAAAGACAGUCCCUGGCCGUGCUAGACGGAUACACAGAGGCCCAGCUGGGUCGUGAUGCUGCCCCUACAGGUAGCGAGGUGCCACGCAUUCGCUUGAAGGAGAUGGAGGUAUCCAAACUGCACGCGACGAUAUAUUGGGACCAUGGGCGCCGUGAAUGGGCGGUCGUCGACAUGGGAUCCAAACAUGGCACCUUCCUUAGGUCGAACCGGGGCCCGGACGCUUCGACUUCGGCCACAGACGGUCAGACUACUCCUCAUAGGCACGCGGCUCUCUGCACCCCGGUGGCGAGCAUACCGCGUCGGUUGGCGCAUCUCGAUGCACUAUCUGUCGGCGGAACGACGUUCAUCGUCCAUACCCACGAACAGGCUCCGUGCGCAGAAUGUUCUCCUUCUGCUGAGACCGAGAUUCCUCUUAUCGACCAACGUACCCCGGACCGUCAGGCUGAGGCGAGCAGAAAGCGCAAACGCGACGCUGCUGAGAGGUCAGCCGAGAGCGACUAUAUAACCCCGGUACGCGACCCGAAGAGGGCAUUGAAUGACCUCCGACGGAACUUGCUCUCUCGUCAUGUCGUCCCUCAGACUCCUGCUGCCCAGUCUCAGUAUACGGAUAGGAGCGCUCUGCGCCGUACUCGCCAUCCUGAUGCUGCACCAGUUUCUACGCCUAGUCGCCCUCACACGACUCCUGUCACUCGUGCUCCGCCGGUCAGCAUUCCUGCUCCAACUCCCCGUCCUUUGAUUUCUGCGCCGCCUGCACCGCUGCCUGACUCUAACAUUGGUCACCGCUUGUUGAUGAAACAAGGGUGGUCACCUGGUGAGAGCCUUGGCCGUGCGGGCAGCAGCGAUGUCGCUCUAGUCGAGCCUCUUGAUGUCAAAGGUAAUCGAGGCAGAGCUGGGCUCGGAGGCGCGAAGCAGGACUAUGGCAAUCAACCAUCUCCACCUGCGGCCGGCAUCGACUGGAAAGAGGCCGGCAAGCUACGGCACUGGGACACGGUCAGAACAAGAGACUUGGAUGGGCCUCGCUAGCUCUGCUAUCCCUUGGAAGGGACGGGUGGCGAAUCACGGUAGCUGAGCAGUAUGGAAAGCCGUCAACGCUCUGCGCCUUCCCGCGUCGCGACUUCGCCAAGCAAUCUCGCGAAGUCCUGACGGUGUUCUACACUGCACGAUGGCGGUACUGCAGCUGGGUAUGUGAUCGUGUCCACUGUCCAUCUGACCCAACAUCAAGCUGGUAUACUGUUAUCGUGUUACAGAGUCAUGACGAGGACGCUUCGGGUGAUCCAUCGUUGCCCUUUUAACAUGAUGACGCAAACGUGUAUAAGCCAUCAUGUUACGGUCCGAAUACAUACCGUGAAUCCCAAUGUAACGUCUUGCCUACCCUCACGUCGACUUUCUACUGUUAGAUGAACAGCUUGGAAUGUAUAUCGCUUACGCUCGUGCAGCAACGCGUGCCCCGAUAAGAUUGAAAUGCCAUCAUGACAG